UGCAAAACCAUCACAACAUGAUUUUGAUAGUAAUUUGAUAAUUUGUGGGUAUUCAGUGGCCAAGCUCCCUGGACGAAAUGAAGCGUAAAGAGUUACACCGGCAAAGACUUCUCGGAUCAUUAGGUCAACAAAUACGGCUUGAAUGUCAUCUAACUCUCGUAUUCUAUCUUUAGUGGUGAAGUCUGCAGGUAGUAAAGGCAUUUACCAAAUUCCACUUAAACAAAAUUUUUCUUUGUAUUUGCAGUUUAUUCUAAAAUUUCCGGAUAGAAAAUUUGAAUGUUGAAAAUGUUUUUCACAGACAGGAAAAUACUGAGUUACCAAAAUGCAGCUGAUAUGCAAAACCUAACGGUAUUGACAAAUCACAAAGGAAAAACUGGCAGAAUUCAAGUAAAUCAAACUUAGCUCGAUGAGUUUUUGAGCAAUUUUUUCUGCAAGUUCAACUGACAACCCAUUUGAGAGACUUUUUAAAGAAACGUUUUUAGGCGGGUGUUAGUUCAAACAAGCUAAGUUCGUCGCGAAUUCCUUGACCUGCAAAACUGGCUUGGGGUCAACGAACGAGCAAGAGCCUCCCAGAAAUACAUCUCCCGAAAGUGUUGAAAAAGGCCUUUCGAUCAAUCCAGAAGUGAUGCAGUCAACAUGGUAGAAAGCCCCUUCAGAAAUAUGACAACUUCUAUGUUUAAUUUUGUCACGUGACUAUUCGCUACUUUUCAAGUGCGCAAGAUACUUCCUGCAGAGUACAUUUAUAGGCAUGAUGUGAGCGGAGAUGGCGUACUGCAAACAAAAACUCACAACCAGUAUCCACAUCUCAAAAUGGCCAUUCUAUACUGGCAGUGUAUCUUACUAACCGCCUUUGCAACGAUAAUCACAAAAAGUUUUGGCCUGAAACUUCAUGAAGAUAUCUUUUGUACCUGUACGAAACAACCGUAUCCUCACAGACCAUUUACUGCUAUUUGGAACUCACCAACUGGAGGUUGCAAUGCUAAUUUCUCCGUACCAAUCAACCUAAAGAACUGGGACAUACUUGCGGACCCGUUACAGCAUUGGGACAGUCGAUUUGUGACAGUUUUUUAUGGUGCACAGCUUGGUCUAUAUCCUUAUUUCAAAACCGAAGACGGAAGCGACUCUUUUAACCAGGGGCUUCCACAGCUUGUGAAUAUCAAAGAGCACCUGGAACAAGCGAAAAUGGACAUAAUGUCUCGAAUACCUGAUCCGAAUUAUAACGGCCUAGCUGUGAUUGAUUGGGAGCCUUGGCGCCCACUGUGGGAUCGCAAUUGGAAUUCCAAAGAGAUAUAUAAAGUAAAAUCGAUUGAGCUGGUGAGAAAACGACAUCCGGAUUGGCCUAUGUCUGAUGUUUUAACAGAGGCCAAGGAUGAGUUCGAGACUGCCGGAAGAGCAAUGUUCCAAGAAACAAUCAGACUAGGAAGAAGGCUACGUCCAAGGGCAUUAUGGGGCUUUUAUGGAUUUCCGGAUUGUUUUGGGCAAUUGAAGUACGAUUUUCAAUGCACAGAGAAGGUGAAAAGAAGCAACGACAAAAUAGAUUGGCUUUUCAGGGAAAGUACAGCGCUUUUUCCAUCAAUCUACCUCCUAAAAAGGCAUUUGGAAAACCCUGCUUAUGUGAAGGGUCGCAUACGAGAGUCAUUUCGAGUGACGCUGCGUUUGGCACAAAGAUAUGGCAAGGACGUUAUCCCAAUCUUCCCAUAUUUUAGGAGCAUUUAUAUGGAUGAGCCUUCAGAGUUCAAUUUCCUUGACCAGAGCGAUUUGUAUCAUACUAUUGGUGUUGCUGCUGAAAUGGGAGUAUCUGGGGUUGUUGUCUGGGGCAACAGAAAUGACGAAAACACCUCUCCAGACGUUUGUCACAGAAUCAAUUCAUACGUCCAAACAACGCUUGGACCCUUUAUCAAAGAAACAAGAUCAGGGGUUGAAAAAUGCUCAAAAGACAGAUGUUUCGGGAGAGGCCACUGCGUGUACAAAUCUCACCUGAGUAGCGAUCUGAAAAGGUUGUAUUAUUUCAGACAUGAUUUAACAGCAAACUGUGCCAAGCCGAAGCAGGAAGAACUUUCAAAGCGUGGAUCGAUUCCAAAGCCCAAGGAAUCUGCAGGAAAAGCUAGGAUGAAAAUUUUGGGGAAAUUUCUGGACAUUGGUACAACUCCUCGACAAAAGAUCAGUAACGCAUCAAAAUCAGCAAAUAACUUGAAUUCAAGCAAGGAAAAUGCACCGUUUGGUAUCAGGCCGUCUGAUGAAACACUCAAUAAGCUGCAAGUUGAUCUUGCACAAAACCCAAAAGUCAAGAGUAAAGUCGAAAACAGCACGACAAGAGAAUUUAAUUCGAGACUGAAAUCAGAGGUACCACAACCAAAUAAACAUUUUACUACAAAUUUCAUCAAAAGUCACGUGAAGAAAUCAAAGUUCUCCAAGAUUUCACUUCUGCCUCACAUGUACGUUUUGAUAAUCGGAGUCUCCAUCGCAGGGGCGUUCCUAUUCUCUCUUAUCUUCGUCGCCUUAUAUUAUUACUUGAAUAUGAAUCCAGCCGUCAAGGGCUACAAAAUGGGACGAGCACCAAACUUUGACUCAAAACCAGCCAAAGCAAAGAAGAACGAGAAAGAACAGACAGAGCCCCAGCCACAAGUACCAGACAACCGUCGAAAUCCAAACGAAGAAUCUGACAUCGAAGUUGACCUGGAUUCACUGAAAUCUUACGACAGAUAAUCAUUGCUGCAUCAGCCAUUUAAAAGUAAAAUAAAGUCUUUGAAGACUAUAACUAUUAGCUCUUGAUAAACUGCACUGAUAUUGUGCUAACCAAGGACUACUAGAUUAGGAAACAACGGGGCUUCAUCACCCCCCCCCCCUCCUCCGAGGACACUCUAAAGCAUUUCAAGCAGGGCACAUUUUAAGGGAAAUAAGUUACCCAUAUAUAUUAUACCCAGUGUGUGAAAAAAGCUGCAAAACGUCGCUCAAUCAAGUAUUUUAUAGUUCGAUACGCUAGUUCUCAAUGAGUUGAAAAUCCCACGAUCUCCACGUUCACGAACCAGUAAUAUCAGAACGGAUUGCAAUUACACGUUAGGCGAAUAAUAGUUCACUUUAAAAGGCAUCAAAUGCGCUUUAUGCUUAAAAAAUAUCUGCUGCUUUUCCUUGUAUUUAGACAUAUUAGCAGGGGUUAUUUGCAAUCGUUUUACAAUUGUUUUGAAAUCGAUAUGAAUGGUAUUUAUAAUGUUGGGUUGUCAUGCUACAAUUAUUCAUUAACGUAGAAACUGCCAAUAUGGGCGAGUUUAGUUUCAUAUAAAAUGCUAGAUUUUGAAAGUUUUGAUGACUCUGAGUGUUACCAACAAAUUUCGAAGGACCUGAAACAUUAUUCUUGUAAAUAAAUGUCUUUAUCACUCAUGUAUAUAUUUUAUACUGCAUGCUUUAUAUAUUUAUUUUAUAAUUGAAUUAAAUCAUUAACACAGUAUAAUAUGCAAAGCAUUACUUUCGUGUCUGUCCGUGUUUGUGUUUUUUUAGAAUAACAGAUAAAAAAAGCAGCUAUGAUUGAAUUACAAAAGAUGAAAUAUGAAUAUAAUCUUAAAAUAAGGUUUCAAUAAUCCAGGAAAAUCUUUGUUCUCCGUAACACCUAAGAAGCGUUGAAACGUGACAUAAAAUGACGACGAUUACCUCAUUAGCCUCUCCAUUUUCUCCAGUGCAUUCCCAACACUAUUGUUAUAAGUCUUAAGGCUAUGUCUGCUAAAAGCUUGUAAUACCAUGUCUCUAUUGGGUUCCACUUUGAUAUGCGCAUUCUAUAAAGUACGGAGAGGCUUUUGGUUAGCAGAGAAA